UACAGUUAAGCAUUCCCAUGAUAUAUGUCAUCCACCUGUUUUUAAAGAAAAUAACUUUGCUUUGAGGGAUCCAAUAUCAAGAACUCUGCAGAGAGCAGUGGGUAAACCCAGCAUCACAGAAGAGUUGCUAAAAUGUCACCAAAGUCAAAUAUGUAUAGUGAGGCAGUUGAAGUGGGAACAAGGCUGUGCUCCUCCUCCAACGAGGUAUGCACCAAAGAGUAACAUUAAAAUGAAAGGAAAUACCUUAUUUAACAAGCAGAAGCAGGUAACCACCCAGAUUGGUUCAGGUCCAUGCCCCAGCCAAAAGGAAGUUAGAAGAAUGUCCAAGUUAAACAGUAUGCCUAGCCUGAAAUCAGGUAGAGGUAACAGUGAAAUGCAGAGAGAAGUGAAAUUAGGUGGUACCACAUCUUUUAAGCAUGAGCCACCAAGAAGCAGCAAGCCUGUAAUGAACAAGGAAUUGCCCAAAGAACAGGGAAGUGUCGUGGAACAGCAGUCGAGCAUCGGUAAUCAGUGUGACCAAGCAUUGAACUCAAGCGGUGAAGAUGUGGACUCAGUGAAGGGGAGUGAUGUAAUUGAUUUAAGGAGAAUAAAUGGUCCCAUAAGUACCAAAGGAGCAGUUGAAACAAAACCAGAUGCCAGUGACACAUUUACAGAAUCAAAACACAAUGGGCAAGAAGCUGAGCUCAGGACCGAACUGCCGGCUUCUCAGGCACAGCUAGGAUCGGCUGAGCACCGCAUGAAGGAGGCGCAGAACAAAGUUAAAUCCCUGGAGAAAGACAUCAGAGCAGGUCAGGACGAGAUGCUCAUCAUCCAGGCAUCAAUAACAGACGCCCGUAAUAAAAAUGAACAGCUGCGAGAGCUGUUAAUCCAGCAACAGUUGGUGAUUGAACAGACAGAUAGUGUGAUAUGUCAGGAAUGCAAGCUUUUGAAAGGACAGGCAAAGCAGGUAUUGAAGCAAAAUGACAUGACAUUAUGUAUUAGGAAGUAUAUUUAUAUAUAUGGACUAUUAACAAAUUCUUAAAAGUUUAAUGAUGCUGUUUAGUAUGAAAAUUAUGUUAAAUGAUGUGUUAAGAAGAUCAUGAAUGGUGGGUAGUUAAACAUUUGAUAGAAGGUGUCGGAGCUUAUUUCAAGGUCUAAGCUGGCAUUUGUCUGGAAAGACAAAAUAAAACCACAAAAAU